AAUAAAAUUCGUGUAAGAUAAAGCAAAGAUAAGAUGAAAACAAAGGUAUCUUCUACUUUUUCCACAAUAUUACUAACAAAGAAAAACCCUAAAUAUUUUCACUUCCAAAUAUCUUAACACCAUCUCUAUAGGAAAAAUCAUUUGAAGCAUUACUAACAAAGCUCAAUCACACUAUUAUAAACCCUAAUUAUCAAUUGGGGUCUCAAGAAAAAAUGAGUUCUUUAACUACAACAUGGUGUCCAAACUCUUUUCAGCUUAGAUUAGCAUUCAGUAGCAAAAAGCCUAAGGCAAUAUUUGCAGGAAUGCGUGUAGGGAAGUUGGAUUAUCAUGGGGUUCGUUUGGUUUCGAUUAAAAUGAAUGGUAAUAAUGUGUCAAAUGGUAGUGGAGUGGAAAAAAGAAGUAGUGCAGGGGUAAAUUCGACUAAUUCAACUGAUGGUUUUGCUGGAUGGUCUGGAGCUGAUGGUGCUGAGAAAUCUAGUGAGUCACAGGGAAAGCAGAAUAUCGCAGGGAUUGUUGGAGCUGGAGCAGCUGGGAUUAUCCUUGUGUCUGGCCUUACCUUUGCUGCAUUGUCAAUAAGCAGACGGAGUUCAACAAGAAUUAAACAGCAGAUGGAGCCCUUGACAGCACAUCAAGAAAUGUCGAUCGAUUCUGACAAUCAUAAUGACACAGUUCAAGAGGAGAAAGUUUUAGAUGAUAAUGAAAUCAAAGAUUAUAGUGGUGAAGAGGCAGGUAUAAGCAAGGAUCCAUCUUUAUACACAGAAAAUGCUGGAGCUGUUGAAAAUAGAAUUAGUGGGAAUACUGAUGAUGGGAAUCCAUCCGAUGAUGGUGCGGUCGUUGAUGAGACCCAUAUUCAGCAUGAUUUGGAUGACGGAAAAGCUAGUGAUGAUGGAGUAGUUGGUACUGAAGCCAUAUCUGAAUCUCCUGAAGCUACCUUUGUGACGUCAAGCUAUGAAAGUGAGGAAGACAGCCUUGUUGCGGGAAAACCAGAACCAACAACUGAACCAAAACAGAAGAACUUUAAUGAUGAUGAAGUUGCUGCUGCAUCAGUUAUUAAUCCAAAUUCAACAUAUGAAGUUAAUAACCAGGUGGGAGAAUCUAAUUUGGAGGGAUCAGGAUACUCGAGAGACUCACCUCCUAUUGAGCCUUCUAACCUCGACACUGCUGUUAAUCCACAAUCAGAACCACUUCUAGAACCCAUGAUUAUGCACGAAGAGUUUGUAGAGACUCAAAUCUCAUUUCCCACCGCCAAUGUUGACCUGAGCAAAAUGCCGGAGGUUCCAAUUGAUGGAGAUAAGUUAAACAGAGAUGAAGUGCCUGGUACAGCUUCAGUUUCAACAACAGCUUAUGACCAUCUUGGAAACGAUUUUAAGGAUAUGAACGCAAGCAGAUCACCUUUUAACUCAACGGAUCCUGGGGAUAUCUUUACUUCUGCUGGUAUUCCUGCUCCAUCUACUAUUUCUCCAGCUUUGCAGGCACUUCCGGGAAAGGUUUUAGUUCCUGCUUCCUUUGAUCAAGUCCAAGGUCAAGCGCUCGCAGCAUUACAAGCUUUGAAGGUUAUUGAGUCUGAUGUUCAACCUGGAGAUCUUUGCACUCGGCGUGAGUAUGCUCGUUGGUUGGUCUCUGCUAGUAGUGCUCUAUCAAGCAAGAGUGCUAUUGAUUACUACAGAACCACUGUCUCAAAGGUCUACCCUGCUAUGUACAUUGAGAAUGUUACUGAUCUUGCCUUCGAUGAUGUUACAUCUGAUGAUCCAGACUUCCCGUCUAUACAAGGUUUGGCCGAAGCAGGGUUACUUUCCAGCAAGCUCUCAAGACGUGACAUGCAGUCAUCUUCGGAUGAUGACCAAAGUCCUGUCUUCUUCUGUCCCGAAAGUCCUUUAUCACGUCAAGAUCUUGUCAGCUGGAAGAUGGCCAUAGAGAAAAGACAGCUACCACUUGUUGACCAAAAGUCCGUACAGAAAGUCUCUGGGUUCAUAGAUGCUGAUAAGAUUCAUCCAGAUGCAUGGCCUGCGCUGGUAGCUGACUUGUCAUCAGGUGAACAGGGAAUAGUAGCACUUGCAUUUGGGUACACAAGACUCUUCCAACCGCAUAAACCUGUGACCAAAGCCCAAGCUGCUAUUGCCCUAGCAACUGGUGAAGCUUCUGACAUCGUUGGUGAGGAACUUGCACGCAUUGAGGCUGAAUCAAUGGCUGAAAAAGCUGUUUCAGCCCAUAAUGCUCUGGUAGCUGAAGUUGAAAAAGAUGUGAAUGCAAGUUUUGAGAAGGAGCUCUUAUUAGAAAGGGAAAAGAUUGAUGCAGUGGAGAAGUUGGCUGAGGAAGCAAGGAGAGAGUUAGAGAGUUUGAGAGCUCAGCGGGAGGAAGAGAAUUUAGCUUUAAUGAAGGAACGUGCUGCUGUUGAUUCAGAAAUGGAAGUUUUUUCCAGAUUAAGACGCGAGGUAGAAGAACAAUUACAGACUCUUAUGAACGACAAAUUAGAGAUCUCAUAUGAUAAAGAGAGGAUCGAAAAGCUAAAGAAAGAUGCAGAAUUUGAAAACCAAGAGAUAGCACGAUUGCAGUAUGAGCUGGAGGUCGAGAGGAAAGCAUUAUCCUUAGCUAGGACUUGGGCGGAAGACGAGGCUAAAAAAGCUAGAGAGCAAGCAAAAACCUUGGAAGGGGCUAGAGACCGCUGGCAGAAGCAAGGCAUCAAAGUGGUAGUUGACAAUGACCUGCAAGAAGAAGCCAAUGCUGGAGUUACAUGGCAGAAUGCUGGAACUCAGUCCGUUGAGUCGGCUGUUAACAGAGCUGAAACAUUAGUGGACAAGCUCAAGGAAAUGGCUGAUACAGUGAGAGGGAAAUCAAAAGAGACUAUUCAUAUGAUUAUUGAAAAAAUAAUGUUGCUGCUCACCAUGCUUAAGGAGUGGGCACAAAAGGCAGGCAGGCAAACAGUGGAGUUCAAGGAUGCUGCCAUGUCGAAGAUGGGAAGCUCAGUACAAGGAAUACAGCAAAGCUCAGCUGAAGUUGGCUCGGCUUUCAAGGAUGGUGUUAAGCGCUUCGCCGGUGAUUGCAGGGACGGAGUCGAGAAAAUCUCACAGAAAUUCAAGACAUGAAAAAUGUGUUGUAUGAAAGACUCUUGUAUCCAUUUUGCUAUUUUGGUCAAUAAAUUUUCUCUGAUUGGAGCAGUCAAUCUUGGCCCAUACAAGCUGGUGGCCAUUGCCAUCCACCAGCAGAGGGAAUAAAAGAAAACUUUGAGAGGGAUACCUUCCAUUACCACAUUGAUUAUUUUAGCUUCUUAAUUGUACUAUAUACGAGUUUGUAUUAGUACUGAACUUCUCAAUUGUACUGAAUUCGUCUCGUAGCAAAUGAAUAACGAAAGAAGACAUAUGACA